GUGAGUGCGUGAAUCUGCCGACAGUGAGCCGCUGGUUCGUUGCCUUCAUGAACCUCGAGCUGCUCCUGUACCUCGGGCUGGUGGCCAUUAAGCUCCCGCUGCUCUGCAAGCUCCAGGCAGAGUUCAUGCCGAACCUCGGCAUGGAGUGCGAGGUUCAGCGGUUUAUGUUCUUGCAGCGCUCGCUUUUCCUGACGGUGGCGGCGUCCCUGGGCAUCUGGGUCUUCUCCUCCUAUGCAUUCAGCCUGACGUUUGGGAAUGUGGCCAUGGAUCAGCCCGAGUUUGCAGAUCAGCUCGACCUCCGGGAUGCGGAGUUCACUGGGCAGAAGCUUCCCGGCUACGGCCCCCCUGGCAUGGGAAGCCUCGGGCCGCGGGGAGGCCCCACCGGCCCCCCAGGGAGGGGUUCGGCCUCCUUGGCCUCCAUGCCCCCCGCCUACCAGACCAGGCACAGCCUGUCACCACCGAUGGGUGCCCCUCAGCGCAGCUUGAUGGGUGCCCCACCGGCGGCCUCGUUUCAGUCCGGACGGGGAGGCGGCGGAGGAGGAGGCUCACGGACCUCCUACAACAUCGGGAGUAUGGCCCGAGCUGGAAGCUCGAUGGUCUCCAGCGGCUCAGGGGAUCCGGAGAUGCAAGCGCUAAUCAAGCCACCGCUGCACGUGUUCUGA